AUGCUUUUUGUUAAAGAAAUCAUUUCUCUUCUGUCAGUAAAUUGGAGCCCCCCACUCCCUUUGCUUAAACAGCUCACAUGUACAAUCAAAAAUCCAUUAAAACGACUUUUGUGUCGCACACACUUAUUCUUUCUUUCUUUCUUUCUUUCUUUCUUUCUUUCUUUCUUUCUUUCUGCCAGUUGCUUAUUCAUUCUCUAUUUCUUUGACUCGUUCGAGUUUUCUCUUUCUUUUUUUGUUCUUCGUUUUGUUGUUUUUUUCUUCCAAAAGCGCAGUUUUUUAAACAUUUUAUUUCUUUCUUUCUCUCUCUCUGUUUCUCUCACUAUUUGCGACAAAGAUUUUUCUCUUGUUUUUCUUUAUUUCUCUCUCUUCCAGUUACUUAUACCCUAUCUCUAUUUUCGUGUCUCUUUUGCGUUUGCGUUUCCUUUCUUUCUUUCUUUCUUUCUUUCUUUCUUUCUUUCUUUCUUUCUUCAAAAUGCUCAUUUUUCACGCGUUUUUUUUAUUCCUCUCUCUCUCACGCUUGCUUGUAUCUGUCACUGGUUAUCUCAUUCUCUCUCUCACUCUGUCUCUCCUCGGCGUUUGCUCUUUCUUUCUUUCUUUCUUUCUUUCUUCCAAACGCUUAUUUCUCUCUCUUUUUUUAAAAAAUUAUUUCUCUCUCUUUCUCCCUCCUUCCGUAUUUCUUUUUCUCUCAAAACUCCGCUCAUUUUUCUUUGUUUCAUUCUCCCAAAUGCAGAUUUUUUACUCGUUUUUAUUUCUCUCUCUCUCUCUCUCUCUCUCUCUCUCUCACUUGCUAAUUAUCUCUCAAUGUUUCUCCCAUCCCCUCACACUGUGGUACUUACCCUUUCUUUCUUUCUUUCUUUCUUUCUUUCUUUCUUUCUUUCUUUCUUUCACUACCUCAUCUUCUUAUUUUCUCUAAUUCACACACAUGAAUUAACGUUAUCUAUCUAUCUAUCUAUCUAUCUAUCUAUCUAUCUAUCUAUCUAUCUAUCUAUCUAUGUAUUAUGUGUCACUAUCACUGAAAUCUAUCCAUCUAUCUAUCUAUCUAUCUAUCUAUCUAUCUAUCUAUCCAUCUAUCUCAUUCAUGCUCACUUUCUAUCUAUCUAUCUAUCUAUCCAUUCAUCCAUCUAUCCAUCUAUCUAUCUAUCUCAUUCUGUUCAUUUUCAUCCAUCUAUCUAUCUAUCCAUCCAUCUAUCUAUCCAUCUAUCUAUCUAUCUAUCUCAUUCUGCUCACUUUCAUCUAUCCUAUCCAUCUAUCUAUCUCAUUCUGUUCAUCUAUCCAUCCAUUCAUCUCAUUCUGCUCACUUUCAUCUAUCCAUCUAUCUAUUCAUCUAUCUAUCUAUCUAUCUAUCUAUCUAUCUCAUUCUGUUCAUCUAUCUUCUAUCUAUCUAUCUAUCUCAUUCUGCUCACUUUCUAUCUAUCUAUCUAUCUAUCUAUCUAUCUAUCUAUCUAUCUAUCUAUCUCAUUCUGCUCACUUUCUAUCUAUCUAUCUAUCUAUCUAUCUAUCUAUCUAUCUAUCUAUCUAUCUAUCUCAUUCUGUUCAUCUAUCUAUCUAUCUAUCUAUCUAUCUAUCUAUCUAUCUAUCUAUCUAUCUAUCUAUCUAUCUCAUUCUGCUCACUUUCUAUCUAUCUAUCUAUCUAUCUAUCUAUCUAUCUAUCUAUCUAUCUAUCUAUCUAUCUCAUUCUGCUCACUUUCUAUCUAUCUAUCUAUCUAUCUAUCUAUCUAUCUAUCUAUCUAUCUAUCUAUCUCAUUCUGUUCACUUUCUAUCUAUCUAUCUAUCUAUCUAUCUGAGAGGUCCAUCGAAUAA